AUGCGCUUUUACUUGAGCCCUCACGUCAACGAUGGCGGCAUCUCCCCACCACGCGAUCCUCGCGAAAUGCCGCGACCUGGCUACUACCCCAGCGACUACCGCUCCGUGAGUCCUAUGUGGGAUCUGCGAAGACCUAGCAUGGGACCGAGAAUGUCGAGUAGGCCGAUAAUGUACGCGAAUAUGAAUGACGGGCCCGGUGACUGGAUGCCAAUGGGGGAGUGGUACGGUAGAGAGGAAGAGAUGCCCAGAGGACGGAGACCAGAAGGGAAUUUACACUGGGAUUUCAUGUUUGAGCAUGGAAGAUUUGGUUGA